UGAAGUCUGCACUGCCACAGAUCUCCUCCUGUGGAUUAUUUCUUGAAUCACCUUCGCCUACCUUUCAGUAGAUUCAAAAUAGCAGUUAAAUUAUUUUCCUCUUUACAAUUUUAAUUUGUCCGUGAAUGACAGCCUUUCCCCGUUUAUUUUUCUUAUGGAUCUACCCUUAGAUGAAAUCAGGCAAACUGUCAACUGUCCUCAGCCUUUAGCACGUCAGGAUCUGUAGUACACACCUUCUAGCCAAUAAAACGCUGAGCAGCCGAAACAAAAGCGCAAGUCGUGCCUUCCGAGCCCAACAGUAACGCUUGGAGAAGUUUUCAGCACCACGUUCCAGUCACAGUUGCAGUCCAAUAGCCUUGUCAUGGAGCUGUCCACUACUCCCAGUUCUGAACCGGCAGACUUCGUCGACCUGUACCCGGUGAUGUUGAAUGUCACCUACCCGGACGACGAGAUGGGAUUCGUGCCCAACGGGGGAAACUACACCGAUAAGCACCCGGUUCAGAGCGCCUCCAAUAUAAUAGUAGCCAUCUGCAUCACCGCGCUUUACUCAAUUAUAUGCGUGGUGGGACUGCUUGGUAACGUCCUAGUGAUGUACGGGGUGGUAAGAUACACCAAGAUGAAGACGUCCACCAACAUCUACAUCUUUAACCUGGCUCUAGCAGACGCCUUGGCUACCAGCACGCUUCCCUUCCAGAGUGCCAAAUACCUGAUGGGAACAUGGGCAUUCGGAGAGGUCCUAUGUAAGGUGGUGAUCGCCAUCGACUACUACAACAUGUUCACAAGCAUCUUCACCUUGACCAUGAUGUCUGUAGACCGCUACAUUGCUGUGUGCCAUCCAGUGAAAGCCAUGGAGUUCAGGACACCCGCCAAAGGAAAGAUCAUCAACGUUCUAAUUUGGGUGCUCUCCUCUGCCAUUGGAGUGCCAAUCAUGGUGAUGGCGGUGACCAAAACCAAGCCAGACGGUAGCCAGGUUAUGUGCAUGCUGAAGUUCCCCAACCCUGACUGGUACUGGGACACAGUCACUAGAAUCUGCGUGUUCAUCUUUGCCUUCGUGGUGCCCGUCUUGGUGAUCACCAUCUGCUACGGCCUGAUGAUCCUGCGUCUGCGCAGCGUCCGCCUGCUGUCUGGCUCCAAGGAGAAGGACCGAAACAUGCGACGCAUCACCCGCAUGGUCCUGGUGAUUGUCGCGGCCUUCAUCAUCUGCUGGACGCCGAUCCACAUCUUCAUCAUCAUCAAGACCAUGGUGGAGAUCGACUCCAAGAAUCCGUACGUGAAAGCCAGCUGGCACCUGUGCAUCGCGCUGGGCUACAUGAACAGUAGUCUCAACCCAGUUCUCUAUGCUUUCCUGGACGAGAACUUCAAGAGGUGCUUUCGUGACUUCUGCCUGCCAUGCCGAAGCCAUUUCGAACACAACUCCCUUAACAGGGGUCAGAACGCCAACCGGGAACCCGUGUCUAUCUGCGCUCCAACUGAACCUGGGACAGGAAAGAAGCCUGUAUGACUAGGCAUGGACAAUGUCUCUCGUAGUUCUCGAUCUAGGAGGGUCCAACAAGACCUGCAGUCUGAGGUGACCCAGAUCUCCACAACAGAGUUCUGACAGGACAAGGAUUUAGUCAUAUUCACAUAGCUUUUCAGUAAAGGAUUCCAAAUCAUACCAUAUCUAGACAUAAUUGAUAUUACUUCGAAUGAGAUUGAGGAACUUUAUUGUAGCUCAAAAAGACAGAUUAAAUAUUUCAUCAUAAAUAAUUCUUGAUAAAAACAAUCUCCGGGAAAGAUCUGGAGAUACUUUGUGAAAGUGACAGGGCUUUUUGAGUAGUAUAUUUUUGGCUUACUACUGGAUGUCUUUCUGCAAAGAUACACACAGGAUGUCAUCAAGGACAGUGGUCUAAUGGAUUUGACAUUUUAUCAAAGUCAUCCUAGUUUGUGACUCGUCUCCUCUGAUGACAAGCUGCACAAAUGUGGGACUAGGGAUGUAUUUUUAAAUAAAGCCAGUAGGGUUAGGAGAAACACCGAUUGAGUAUAUUUCUGGACAAGUCAAGAGGGGAUAGAGGAAACACCGAACACAGUUUAGUAAAAAUGACAGUUACAGCCAACUGACUUCUCAAAGCUUCAGGCAGUGGUCUGUUUGUAUAUAAUGUACCAGAGACUGCAUCAUCCUCUGAAUAGAAAUGGACAGUCUGUAGUUUGUUUGCAGUACUCCAGGGCAAUGUAGUCCAGUGCUUUGACACACUGAAAAACUGAACAAUGGAUGUCCAACCCUGGUUGAUCAGGCUUUGUUCACUGUUAAGCAACCACCAUGUAAACAAACUAAUGAAGAACUUCAAAGAUUACAUCACAGUCAUUCUAACUGCCACACUUGCGUAAAGAAUAAAAACACUGUUUCAUGGAGACAAACUAUGAUCUAACAGAGAAUUUAAAACAAAAUGUUGCUAUGGAUGGAGAAGAAACAAGGGAUCCCAUAUGACAGGUUGGAGGAAGGAGGAAAGUGUUUGCUCAGACACAGGAACAAAAUGGGGGUAAUGGGGCUGAUACAGAUGCUGUAUUUUUAUUUGAGCCAGUUUUUGUAAUAAUCCUUCAACAACAGACAAUGCUAAUUGUUGAAGUGGAAUUUAAUGAAUGGAUAUUUUUGGAGCAGUGUGUUUAAUUUUUUAGGUAAGUCUACCAUGUUAAAGAGGAAAUUACAUAAACAUAUGAAUCCUUGAAUGAACAUAAACGUUUUCAUAUCCUGAUGUGCAGAAAAAUAACUGCACUAGCUGGAUAGACAAAUUAAGAUACUUCAUCUUCAGCGUUGUGAAUCUCCAGGCAAUAUGAUUUUGCGUCUGUAUUACCAAAAACAUUGCUCUGAGAAUUCCCAACAGAACUACAAUAGGCUCCGACACUGUUGUUGCCAUCAAAGCCAAAUAAUGUUUAAGCUCCAAAUCUAAAUUAGAUACAGUGUAUUUUCUGAUAUUCUCAACAUGGAACAUUAGUAGAUGGAAAUCUCCCACAGAGCUUUAUGCCCGCCUGUGCUUUGCUGCUGCGUCCAGGAAGGUUUAAACUACUGUAGUACAUUUCCUUUUCACUGACAUCUUGGCUCCCAGCUAGACAUUAUCUGGUAGGUUUCAAAGGAGCAGAGGUAGAAGGGACCACAGAGGGGAAUAACAAAAAUAUCCUGAAGGUGGAUGAGCAGACAGUAGAUCAAUCUAAAUCUGCCCUUACUGUGUGAAUGCACUAGUACCUUGAUGAAUGUAAGGGAACAACAACAGCAUAAAAACUGUAAAACUGACAAGCCUGAAUAGUGUAUAUACAAUAGCAGAAAAUUCCCUCUGCUGUCAGCCCACCUUUGAAAAUGACAUAGAUGAUGCAAUGGGUGGUUUUUGCUGGCUUUAAAUGAAUGAAAAAUAAAUUAAAAUACUAAGAAUAUAUCUUUGAUAUCCUAUUUUGGGGAAUUUGCACCGCAAAUAUACUGUAUAGCUUACUUGUAAUAAUGUGUUAUUUUACUUGUUUAAACAUACAGUUUCAUGAAGUAUUGUGUUACCAAUAACUCACUGUGAUACUAUGUACUUAGAGAAAAAAAAAGUGUGAUUAAAUUUGAUACAAUUUUAUCAAAAUAUUAAAAACUAAGAAUGCUUUCUUUGUAAUGCAUUGCUUUUUGUCAUGGUCCAAGAGGCUUUGGUCAAAAUUAGUGCGAGUAGAUGCAUUUUGGACAGACCUCUGCGAUCUAAUUGGAGAGCAUUUAAAUUCCAAUGAACUCUUUGCCAAAAACUCUUAAAUCAUAUCAUAGAUAUCAUCGCACUUCAAACCAUACUUCUUAAUACACUACAUUUGAAUAGUAUUUUGGACCAGCAGCUUAAUAUUUAAACAUGUUUUAUUUCACCAAAAUACAUUCUGUGAUGACAAGCACAUGUUCAAAUUCAUUUAAAAAAAACAUUUCCCAUCUUAAAAGUUUAAAUAAAAAAUUACUUUUGUAACUGCCAAAUGCAGUAAUGUGCCGACUAUAUCGUUUGAUAAUUUAAUCUUAAAUCUCCAGGGAAU